CUCCGCCGCCCGCCCGCCCGCCGCCGCCGUGAUUUCCCGUCUCGCUGGUCGCCUCGCCGCGCCUCGCCACCUUGCCGGCGUCAGCGACUCAGAUCAAGGAGACCUCAGGCAAAGAGCAGGACUGCAGGACAGGAGAUGGCAGCGUUUCUGAGGUCAAGGUGUUCCUCAGCUGGGCGUACAUUGAUGGGAGGCCUUGGGAACAAUCUAUUUGGAGCUGCUAACUCAACUGUUGAGACUGUGUCAAGACCAUCUCAUUGUGAUCCUAUCUAUCAGCAAAUCAGAACAUUCAUCCAGAUGAGAACCAACCUCAAGGUGGUGGACAACUCUGGCGCCAAGCGCGUUAUGUGCAUCCAGUCCUUGAGAGGGAAGAAAGGAGCGAGGCUUGGGGACACUAUAAUUGGAUCUGUCAAGGAAGCGCAGCCUCGUGGUAAGGUGAAGAAAGGAGAUGUGGUCUACGGAGUGGUCGUCCGUGCUGCUAUGAAGCGAGGGCGCAACGAUGGAAGUGAGAUCCAGUUCGAUGACAAUGCGAUAGUCCUUGUGAACAACAAAGGAGAGCUGAUUGGCACUCGUGUCUUUGGGCCUGUUCCCCACGAACUCAGGAAAAAGAAACACCUGAAGAUCCUGGCGUUGGCUGAGCACAUAGUUUGAUAGUUUUCAGAUAUUCAUGUACCUGGCAAUCUACCUGUUAGUUCUGCAGAAUGAAAUGAACAUGGGGUUUUUCCUUUAAACUGUGUUGGCAAUAAUGUACCCUAGAAAAAUAAAUGAACUAAUUGCUAUGUAGUCAGUCCUUGACAAAUUAUGUAGUACUACCAUUUGACCUUGGUAUUAUUGCUUUAGUUCCA